AGAAAGGGGGUGUGGAUAGGGUAGGGCUUGGAAUGGCGUCCACGUGGCAGAGCAUCGCGCCACUGAGCAGGGGGGUGCCAGGGACGGCGUGCAGCCGAAGGAGGGGGGACCACAUCUUUCCCGCCGAGUGUGCCCACGUGGCAGGCGGGCCACCGCAAACAGCUGCCACGUCAUCGGGCUGGCAAGCAGGUGGAGUUUCGCGAGUGCCAGUUCGGCCGAAUCAUGCCACGUGGCAACAAUCUGGCCUUUCGCGCCGCUGCCACGUGUCUCAAGGGGAGAAGCAGACGAUAUCGGCGGCGGCUGCACGAGGAGGAGGAGCAAGGAACGAUGGAGUCGGGGCGCGGGGGAGGGUUAGGCUAUCUGCAAAAGCCAAGACGCACCGAUUCUGGAGAGGGCCAUCGCGUGUCGCGGCUGACGCAAUGCCACGUCGGCGCGCAGCGAAGCUAACAGUAGCUGACGUGUCAACACGAGGCUUCUCCGACGGCCACGUGUGCAAUCUGUGUAAUGGGUGCGGGAGCCCUUGGGGUGGUAGGUCUCCCAUCUUCGCCGGACGUACUGUACGCUUCCCAACCCACGAAGGCCUCCCUUCCCAUACUCGCCACCCUCCUCCUCCUCCUCAUCAUCAUCAUCAUCAUCGAGUGAUCAGGAGGCAUGCCACGUUGCGCCCCAACUGGGUAUUUGACCCCCUCCACCACCUGAGCACGCGCCGCUAUGGCAGCAGAAAGCCUUCUUCUUCUCCGCCGCCACGUGGCAGCGAUAAUUUCUCCCCCUCUCUAACGGUGCUUAGCUUGAUAGGGGGUACGAGAGGCCCGCAGAAGCCAGGCCCUUCAACACAGGCCCAACCAACCCCCCCAAUCCCCUCUUCCACCCCCCCCUCCUCCUCCUCCUCCUCCUCCUCCUCCUCUAGGGGUUCAUCCUCGUCUAUCCUGGGUUCUGACGACAGUUCACCUUCUCUCGGCGACUUGUUCAGAGGCAAGCUACCUUCCAAAUUAGGUAUAUUACUUCUCUUCGUGGCCUUGUCGCGAUUAGGAGUGUAUGUACCUCUCCCAGGGGUAGACAUCAAGGCCUUCUCUAGUCAGCUCGAUCAAUCAGGCAUUUUAGGAACAUUGGACACCCUAUCUGGGGGGGGGAUAGGGAGGCUGGGGGUCUUCAGCCUGGGCAUUGUGCCCUUCAUCAACUCUUCCAUCGUGUUUCAAUUGGUGGCAAGUCUGUUUCCCAAGCUGCAGGAUCUGCAGAAGAAGGAGGGGGAGGCGGGAAGGAGGAAGUUCCUCCAGUACACAAGAUAUGGCGCCUUGGCCUUCGCUUUCGCGCAGGCGUUCGGCCAGUGCUUGUUCAUCAGGCCCUACGUGUACCACUUCGACCUAGAGUGGUUCGUGUCAUCCACCUUCACUCUCACCGCCGGAUCGAUGAUCGUCAUGUGGAUUGGCGAGCAGAUCUCGGAGUUGAAGAUCGGGAACGGGACCUCGAUCCUCAUCUUCUGCAAUAUUUUGUCCUAUCUGCCGGCCUCGGUCGGUCGCACAGUUCAGCAGGCCAUCAACGACAACAACUACUUGGGAUUAGCCGCGAUCGUCGGCGGUUUCUUGGGACUUGUGUUCGGCAUUGUCUACGUGCAAGAGGCGGAGAGGAAGAUCCCGAUGAACUAUGCGUCGCGAUUCCGAGCAGACAACCGAGGUCUGGGCAGGAGCAGUUACUUGCCGUUCAAGGUAAACUCCUCGGGGGUGAUGCCAGUGAUCUUCUCCUCCUCUCUGCUCGCCGCGCCGGCCACCAUAGCUCGCUUCUCCGGCGUCGGCUUUCUGCGCAGCCUAGCCAUCGCUCUCAAUCCCACGGGACCCAUUUACCUCCCCACCAAUGUUGUGCUGAUUGCCUUCUUCAACUACUUCUACACAUUCCUGCAGCUGGACCCCAAGGACGUCAGCGAGCAGCUCAAGCGGCAGGGCGCCAGCAUUCCCUCCGUCAGACCCGGGCGCGCUACGGCUAAUUACAUAACGGGCGUGCUCACGCGGAUGUCCAUCUUGGGGUCGGUGUUCUUGGGAUCUCUCGCACUGGCACCGGCCUUAGUGGAGGGUGUCACGCACCUGACGACGUUCCGGGGGUUUGCAGGAACCUCGAUUCUCAUUUUAGUCGGCUGCGCGACUGAUACCGCAAGGAAAGUGGAGGCCGAGCUAGUAUCUCAGAAAUACCUCACCAACAUCGGAGAAGAUAUGUCCAAGUAAACGAAAAACGUAUGUCAUAGAGAGAGAGAGAGAGAGAGAGAGAGAGAGAGAGAGAGAGAGAGAGAGAGAGAGA